CACCCUCUUUUGAUCCGAUCACUCCUUCAAACCCCCACCCCCUAUUCCUUUUGGUGUCUUUUUUUUUUCCCUCCCUUGCUCCAGAUUCCAGAGGCAGUGAAGGGAACUCUAGCUACCCAGAGGUUACGGUCCAUUCAAAGCCAAAAUAUGUUCUGAUAGGACUGAUAAAUAUGAAAAAACUCAGCGGUAGAGGCAGGGGUUAUUCACCAUUCUCUCCUUCUUCUUCUUAUCAUUAGCUUUUUGCCAUUAUCUCAGUUAGACAAUCCCUGCCUUUCUCCUACCUUCUUGCUUUUAGGAAUCUGUCCGCAGUCUCAGUUUUCAACCCUCACGAACUGACGAGGAGAGCUCCUGAGAAUUGUCUCAACCUGCCUCAUUUUACAUGUAAUCCUUUGUUUGGAUUCCUCUGUGUAGACACAAAACAACAGGAAAACUGUGCAAAGUUGAUACUACCAGAAAAAGUCAAAAGAGGCAACAGCUUUGGCAUUGGGGGAUGGGAGGAGAAAAAUGAAGGGGAACAGAAAAAAAAGAGAGAGAGAGGGCAGACUCGAUGAGGGAGGUAGAGAAAAUAAAAGUGACAGAACAAUGAGAGGGAGAGAGGAACGGGGAGCCGCGGAGAAAAGAAUCAGAGGGGCAAAGCUGGAAAAGGCAGUGACGGCCCUGUUAGUGACAAUAGUGGGGCCGACCGGGAGCUUCAAGACCCAGAAGGAGUGAAAGAGAGAAGGAGUGAAAGAGAGAAAAAAAGAGGAGGAAUCCAGAGCCGAGUGCCAACCCCGCGUUCCCAACAGCACCAUGAUGUCUGCCGCACCCGCAAAGAGGAUGGUGUCCUCUGUGUUCAUCACUCUGGCCUCACCGUACCGCGCCACGGUCACGCCUAACUCCCACAUUCACAGCACUAAGGCAAGAGAUCCCCUUAGCUCUGCCCUGCCCCUCAGCCCCGGCUACAGCCCCAGUGAGCCACAGCUUGCCCAGCGCCGGCCCUCGGCAGCCUCACAGGACGGGCACAACAGGACCCAGUUGCCCUCACCUGCCCCAGCGUCAGCGCCUGAGCCUAUCCCAGCACCCCCUUCACCUGUGACAACCGUGGGAAAGGACAGAGUUCCUGACAGAGGAGAGAGCCCAAAACAGAAGCCACCCACAGCAGGAACCACUUCUGAUGAGCUCUUUCCCGCUCCGCCCCCUGUGACGGCCCCCCUGGAGCUCUUGGCUGAUGCUGCGAUUCCCCCACCUCCUCCUCCAUCCAUCCACAGCCCCCAUCUCACCCCCUCUCACCUCCAGCCCCCUCCACCCACCAUAACACAUGAGGCAGGAGCUCCCGCUGAGAAACAGCUUGUGGAGAGACACCCCUCUGGUGGAGGCCAGACAAAUGAACAGCUUCAGACACAGCCGGACAACAUGGGGGAUGACGUGGGACGAGAGAGCAAAGACCUGUGUGGCUUUUGCAGAAAAUCUGUGGCUCUGAGUGAAUCUGCUAUCGAGGCCCUAAACAGGACAUACCAUGCCACUUGUUUCCAGUGUCGGCAAUGCCACGUCCCUCUAGCUGGCAAACUGUACUAUAACAAAGCUGGGAUACCUCUCUGUGAGGAGUGCUACCAGGCCAGCCUGGAGCUCUGCUGGGCCUGCGGUGAGGUCAUCAAGGACCACGUGAUUCGUGGCUUGGAGCGAGCCUAUCAUCCAUCCUGCUUUGUAUGUACAACAUGCAGGCAGCCAAUCGGAGAGCAGAGAUUUGCACAGGGAGAGGUUGGGGAAGUCUACUGCCUUCAGGACUACUACAGGAAGUAUGCCCCACAGUGUAGUGCCUGUGAACUGCUGAUCAUUCCGAGAGAGGACGGCACAGACAGCUUCACAGUGGAGUGUCUUGGACGUUCCUUCCAUGAAGAUUGCUACCGUUGUGAGGUCUGCAGGCUUGUUCUUUCUCCAGAGCCUAAUGAGCAAGGCUGUCACCCACUGGAGGGUCAGAUCCUCUGUAAACCCUGCCACUUGACACUGGUCCAAAGAGCACAGCAAUGAAGCCAAACUCAGCUCAAGCCCAGAACCAGAGCGAACGAAACAAGAGCGACCCUAAGUUGAGAUGGAGGGAGAAGAGAAGGAUCUCAAAACUAAAAUCAGCUGAGGGGACAUCCCACUUCAUGGGAGAUUCAUGGGAACCACUGAAAAUUACAAUAUGUUUAUAUUUUUGUCGAAACUUAUAUUCAUGUUCAUAUAAAAUGUACCUUCAUGUAUGUCUAAUGUAGCAAGCAACCCAUCUAUUUUUUUUUCACAUAGCUUAAUCCUUUGCACAUUUUGUGAGCACCAUCAAUUUAAAUGCACCAAAGAUAUUUAUUCAUUAAAUCAUACAAAAUGUUGGUAUUUUCUAUAUCGCGUGAAUACAUCGAACAUUCCUGUUUUUCAUUUUAAUAAAGUAAACUAGAAAGUAAA